AUGGCGGCUCUGCUCCCACCCUUGAUGAUGGAGCAUAGCACGUUGCGCGCGUCUCCGGAGCACCCCCAUGUGGAGUCGGCGGCGGGCCCACACCCCACCACGCCCCGUCCGUGCACCUGCCUCCUCCCCCAACCCACGGACGCCGCCUCCCGCCGCGCCCUUUCCCUCUCCCCCGUAGCUGCCUCCGCUUCCACCGCCACUGCCGAUUCUCGCCACGCGGCGCUGGUAGACGGCGGCCAGGCGUCGCGGCUCUCCUCGUCGUGGAGAAGCGGGUGCGGGACCGGGAGCGCCGCCGCGGCACGCUUGGGGGCCCGGCCGGCGGGUUCCUGGGAGGACGACACGGACGCCGCCCACGCACCGGCCGCCGCGCAGUCACCCUCGCCCUCGCCCCUGUUGUCGCCUCCGCCACCAGUGCGCCCGCCUCCUGGCUCCGACGACGUCGCCGCCAUUGCCACGGCUCAGUCAUCACAAUCCAAAACUUCGAUGGGCCAAAUGGGCAACAGAACUAAUUCUGUGCGUGGCCUUAAACCAAAGCAUCAGACGCCACAGCUGAUCGUUAUUGCAAACCCAUUUCAGGAUCAUCAGGGCCCCCAGCCGUCGUUCCCUCCUUGUACUACCUCCUUUCUGUUCCAGGGAUUGAUUUGUCAGCUGGGUUAGUCAAGAUCAAUGGAGCAGAAGACGUAAAGCUAAUGGUGAAUGAUCAUGCUAAAGCAGGGACUAAAAUUUGUCAUCUGUAUUUAGUGAACAAAGCGGAGUCUCCAGACUUACGGCAUCUCCCAGAGGAUUCUUAAAUGCUUAGGAUGUGGUUCAAUUUUGAGAACCGAGAUUUUGUUUACAAAUUGAAUACUUGGGUUAUGUUCCUUCA